AUGAUGAACGGAGAACCUAUGUAUAAGGAGUUGAAGAUGGAAAGAGACUCUACAAGGACAGAAGCGAUGGUGAAAAGAAGAACCGCCGAGAAGAAGAUAGUUGACGCUGAUCUAUGGAAUGGAAUGUGGUUGUCGGCCAAACAAAUUACGCCUAUUUUCCAUCUCACCUGGGUCCUAAUGAGUCCAGUGAACAGCUUGUGGUUCAAGUGGAAAAGCCUUCGAUUGCCGUGGCGAAGAUCCUUCCUUGUCGGCACCGACUUGUCCGGAAACACAUACUGGGAAUUCAAAGACUCACUGAAUGCCGGGCGAUACCGGCGGAUCGUCAAGUACAACUCCAAAACCCACUAUGCGGACGUGCAAGUGACUCCCCAGUGGCACCAAUGGCUUCGAUACGUCCGCGCCGACCCUCCCUCGCUUGAAGAACAGCAGCAGGAUGUCCUCCGCCAGAUCCAAAUCAAGCAACUCGCCCAAUUAGCCGAUAUGCGCUGGGCAAGCAAGCCCUCCUACCUCGACAAGCCGCAGACACAGCAGCCAGGGCCCGCGACCAGAACGAGCGAUGCGACAUUGAAUCCACCGAUGGGAGCGGUCGGCGAGGGUCCCAAGACGCAUAACGCAGUUUCUGGCGCUGAGGCUACAAAAGCAGCGGGAACGACGACGCCAACACCAACACCAACACCCGAUGUGACACCGACAGCGAAAGAGGAUCCGUGGGCUAAAGCUCGAACGAGCGAUAGUGAGAACUGGCAGCCCGAGUCCUGGACACCGUCUUCUUCGCGGAGGUGA